CUUACGUGGCAAAGCCUAUAACCAAUUUGACUAGGACACGUGUUAAUUCAAACCCAGGCGUUCUAGGUUUCUGAUAUUUUUUUAUUUUAAAACCCAGAUUCUCACCGGCGAUCUAUCUUUGCCGCAUUGGGUUCGUGAACAAUGGUGGAGAAAUCAGUAAAGUUAUUGGCUAGAAACCUAAAAGUAUAUGGCAACAAAGGAGUUUUUCCUUCUCGACAGUCUAAAGGUGAUCUUGCAGAGGACUUAUCUGAUAUCAGUGAUGCUGAGUCUCUAUAAACCACAACAAUUGUUCCUGGAUUGUGGCGAACCAGCAUUUUUCUUAACAUGUAAGUCCAUCACGCGUUUGGUUGCUGAGAAUCUAAGUAAUAAUAAGGAAUUCAUUCUGAAGAAGAGAGCAUGGGAAUUGAUGAACCCUGAAUACCAGAAGGGAAAAUAUAGGAAAGUCACCACUAGGAAAAAGAAGGAUCCUGCUAAUAAGAUUGCUCCUAGUAAGAAAACUUCUGCAACCAAAACCGAAAGCAAUGCAGAAACUGAAAAUAAAAAGAGACCGAGUUUGGAAAUCAAUUACAAUGUCUUGGAUAAGCUAUUUGAUCCUGAGAACUCUCCCAAGAGGGCAAAGCUAGAUAAACCAGUUGUUGUUGGUGACCAAAUAGAAUAUUCAAAGCAAAACAGUGAAGAAAGCCUUUUGAAAUCUCAGUAUUCUGAAGAAGAAGAAGAAGAAGCAGAAGAACCAGACUGGAAUGAGGAUUACAGUAAUGAAGAUGCGUAUAGAGGAAACGAAGAAUGCUACGGCAAUGAGAAUCUUGAAUUUGAAGAUCUAGAUGACGAUGAAGAAGAUGAUGAAGGGGUAAUUUGGUGAUCACAUCUUACAUUGUGAAGUGAUCUCAACAUGUUUUAUUUUACUCAGAAAAACGAAUGUAUUUGUUUCUUCUUCAAAAUUUUGACAUUACUAUAUAGUGAUCUCUACAUGUCUGGUUUAAAAUUCAUCAUCUUCCUAUCUAAUAUAUGAAAGUAACCACA